AUGGUCGAAGCGGGUUCAAACCUCGGCCUUGGUAGUAUUCAUGUGAAAACCGUCAUCGAACCAACGCCUCCGCCACCGCCGCCGCCUCCCAAAAUACUCGGACCAUUUGCAACAAUGAUCAAAUUUUCUGGUUUCGAUGGUUCGAAGCUGCGAAAAGAAAGUAUUGCGUCGACGAGAGGAAUCAUUUCUGCCAUUAUAUUUAUCGUUUUUGCUAGUUGUUUAAUGGUCGAAACCAUCAUUUUAAUGGGAAUCGAAUCAAAGCCUUUUACCCUCGGCUGGGCCGAAUCCAACAUUUAUAGCUUCAUGUCAGCUCAAUCGUUCAUCAGCGCUAUCUGCUUAUUUUCAUGGACCCGCGAGAAAUUUUUGUCGCAAUUCGAAGAUACACUAGCACGAAUUCGAGGCCUUCGGCUUUCAACAAGCCAAACAAUCGACGAUUAUACGAAAUUUCAUCGAAAAGCAGCACUGCUAAUUAUUCCGAUAUUCGGUGUAAUCCUCACGAAUUCAUUCUACACCUCCAUUUCGAAUAAGCAUUUUAGAGAUGACAACACGACGUUUUUCUCAACAUCUUCCAUAUUUCUGGUUGCUCCAAUCAUUGAUUUGAUCGGAUGCGUUGCGACUUCUCUGGCAAUUAUCACUUAUGUGACAGUGAAUGUGGCAUUGAACCGCGAAAUCAAGCAUUUCAACAAGGAAUUAACAAAUUCGGCACGAUUUCAACAGCUUACGCUUCCACAAGUGUUGAACACCUACAGUAAGCGGCAUUCGGAUAUUCUGCAGUUGAUCCGAUUUUCGAAUAAACACACGAGCAAAUAUGCUACAAUUGUUCCAUUUUUCACUCUUGUCACCGUUAUCAAUUCAUUUUAUAUAAUUGGCUCAUUCAAGCCAAUUCUCGAUUCGUUCGAAUAUAUUCUAUUCAUUGGUUGGGUUUUCGUGUCGAUGGGAAUCACCAUUUCUUCAUUUUUACCUCUUGUCAAAAUUCAAGAAAACAUAGUGGAUACUUCUGAAAUUCUGAUGCACGACGAUGUCCUUCAAACCUGCGGAGACGAUCAGAUGCAUCAUACCUAUCGUGUUACCCUCGACCGAUGCAUCCACAGCAAUACGAAAAUCGCAUUUCUGAGUGCAUUCAACAUUGAUUCGGUGGUCUUCAACAGAAUUAUGUUUCUCGUUCCCAACAUUGCUGAAUUGUUGAUAAUUCUCAAUCAACCUCAUUGA